AUGAAGUUCUCACUCCCUCUUUUAGCUGCCGUCGCCGAGGCCGCUGUGAUCGGCGGACGGGCGGAUAUCCCACCCCCUGGGGACGAUGGUCGGUACACGAUCUCUUCGGAUGGGAUCAAGGCUCAGUUCAUCCCCUAUGGUGCUUCCUUGACCAACCUGUUUGUCAAGGACAAGAACGGGGAUGACAUUGAUGUAGUUUUGGGUUAUGACGAUGCCGCGUACUACCCCGUGGACCCCGGACACCCGGUGUACAACUCCAUCCCGGGCCGGUACGCCAACCGGAUCGGCAACGGCACGUACACGCUCAACGGCGAGACGAUCCACACGGAACAGAACGACGGCAACAACACCCUUCACAGCGGCACCAACAACUGGUCCUACCGCGUGUGGGAGGUAACCGACCUGCAGGACGACGCCAUCACGUUUGCUAUUCUUGACAAGUCCAACUCGUCUCUGGGUUUCUUUGGCGACGUCCAGGCAUCUGUGACCUAUUCGGUUAAGGGGUCGAAGUGGAACAUCAAGUUCACGGCGGAAUCGCUGGAUCAGGAUACCCCGCUGCUUCUCACGCACCACACCUACUUCAACCUCGACGCCUUCCGCAACCCCGACCAGCCGCUCAUCUGGGACCACAAGCUCUCCCUGCCCUAUUCCCAGCGCUACCUCGAGGCCGACCAGAACGCGCUCCCAACGGGCCAGAUCCUGACCGCCGAGCCCAACUCCAUCAACGACUUCGCUUCCUCGCCUGACCUCACGCUCGGCCAUGCGCGUGACCUACCCGGAUUCGAGGGCAACUGCGGGGCUGACGGCGCGUGCGAGGGGUAUAACGGCUACUUCCUGAUUGAGGACGCGCCCGAGGAUGCGGUGGUGGCGACCCUGGCGAGCGAGUUUUCUGGUGUCAAAGCGGAGUUGCGGACUGAUCAGCCGGGCAUCGUGCUCUACUCGUGCAACUGGAUGGAUGGCACGGCUGACCUGAAGAGCACGCAGGGCAUUGAGGGGGUCAAUGAGAAGGUGGUCAGGAGCAGCUGUGUGGCCAUUGAGGCGCAGGACUACCCCGAUGGGAUUAACCACCCCGAAUGGGAACGCCUUGACGCACAGAUCUAUGGCCCCGGGCGGACCUACAACUGGGAGACCUCGUGGACUUUCAGCCUGCUUGAGUAA